CCUAAAACGCCUUUAGAUUUCAGGGUCAACUGUCAGGAUUCUUAGUUCACGAUAAUCUCUCCAUUCCAUUGCUAUCUUUCUGGGUACUCUCAAAGCGGACAAUAUGUCCCUGGUUCCUGUUCUCAAAAAAAGAUCCCACUAUAGUCAGUAAUAGCGUCGUUCAAAUAUGGACUGACAGAGCUGUACCAAGGAUCUCGCCAGAGAAAUCGGUCACUGGACCAAAUUAAACAUAAAGCUAGCAAUGUUUUCGUCACACUUACUGUACUUAAUAUACGUUUCCCCGGGCACGACAGUAGGCGUUACAUCCGAGACGUCGUUAAUGUUGCACAACGUUCAUCUUCGUGUAAUAAAUCUCCAGUCAGGAAUUCCCCUCAACGUUCGCGCAUCGCACGAGUUUAGCCCAAACCAGGAGACUCAAGUCAAUUUUCGCACAGCAGACGGUACGCGUCUGAGUCUGAGCAUAGUGGUCGCGUAUUUAGCCCGUUACGUAUGGGUACCCGGCAUGCAGAUGGGGAGGUUACUUAGGCUCGCCCUAAAUAAAUAGCAUAACACUCAGGUUGAAAUUGAUGUGAACUCUGCUUGUA